AUGUUUUUAGAAUUUAAUAGGCGGUGGACUUUGGGUUUGGUAAUGUUGGCCGUAGUCAUUGUGCUAUGGGUUUUAUCAUCAUUUUUGAUAAGCCUCAUAUUUGAAAAUGAUGCUUACAGGAAACCGUUCUUCAUCACAUACUUUAAUACAGCUGCAUUUUUAUUAUACCUUUUACCAACAGGUGGUACAAUAUGGAAGAAUUAUAUCACUUAUGGUCACUGGGACGUAGAAAGAGAAUUGCGUAGAGAACAGGAAGGUGAGAGAUCUGUACAAGAUGAUAUGCAUAGUCCGUUGAUACCGAAGGAUAGUGAAGAUGAAUCACAAAAGAGAUUGAGUUUGGGUGAUACGAUUAAGUUAAGUGCGGAGUUUUGCAUAAUCUGGUUUUUGGCAAAUUUUGUUACCAAUGCAUCAUUGAUGUAUACAUCAGUUGCAUCUCAGACGAUCUUAUCAUCGACUUCAUCGUUUUUCACACUUUUCGUUGGUUCCCUUUGUAAUGUGGAAUCUGUUAAUAAAGCCAAGGUCGUUGGAUCCUUAGUUUCGUUCAUGGGAAUAAUGUUGGUCACUGGUUCUGAUUCUACACAUGCAUUUAAAUUGGCCGAAAAUUCUGAAGGUGUAAAGACAUUACUUGGUAACCUGUUAGCGUUAGCUGGAGCACUUCUCUAUGGUGUUUACAGUACACUUUUGAAGCGUCGAAUCCGUGAUGAAAAUAGAGUUAAUAUGACGUUAUUUUUUGGAUUUGUUGGUCUCUUCACCUUAGUUUUACUCUGGCCGGUAAUGGUUCUUUUGCAUUACAUUGGUUGGGAAACAUUCCAAUUACCGAAAACACCAACAGUAAUUACAAUUGUGCUUUUCAACUGUUUGAUAACAUUUAUCAGUGAUUACUGUUGGGCAAGUGCAAUGUUAUUAACUUCACCGCUAACCGUUACGGUUGGUUUAAGCAUUACAAUUCCCUUUGCCAUGAUGGGUGAUUUCAUCUUUAAGCAUGAACCCAUCACAUUUUUGUAUUUCAUCGGUGCAAUGCUAAUAUUGGGUUCAUUCCUCAUAAUCAACCGCCAAUCGGAAGAAGAAUUUUUGCAAAGGGAAGAAGAUGGUGCUAAUAACGAAGUAAUAUAA